AUUCUAUCUCCACUAUAGGAGACAGCAGUCAACAAACAUUCCAGUUUAUCUCUUCAUUUCACCAGUUAAAGUUAUUAGAAAAAUAUGCGGCUUCUUGUGAAAAAUAUUGGUGAACUGGUAGUAGUAAGUCAGAGUCAACACUACCUGCCCGGUCAUCAGAUGAACAAUAUACAGAAAGAGACGGGUGUACUGUCUGUAGCUGUAGAUGAUGAUGGUAUGAUUGCUGAAUGUGGGAAACAGGAAAAGGUUCUAGCAGCAUAUCCUGAAACCUGUUUUACCAGUGUUAUAGAUGCUCAAGGUGGAUCUGUCCUGCCUGGGUUGGUAGAUGGACACACCCACCCAGUGUGGGCGGGAGAUAGAGUUCAUGAGUUUGCACUUAAACUUUCCGGGGCCUCAUAUAUGGAGGUGCAUCAGGCAGGCGGAGGAAUAAACUUUACUGUAGAGAAAACAAGAGCAUCAAGCGAGCAAGAGCUGUUAAAGCUGUUGAUACCAAGAUUAGAAAGAAUGCUAAAAUCAGGGACAACUACUGUAGAAUGCAAGAGUGGAUACGGACUGGAAGUAGAUACAGAAAUCAAGAUGCUCAAGGUUCUAGAAUUGGCAAGGCGUGAGGUUCCUAUUGAGAUCUCCAGUACGUUUUGUGGGGCGCACUCUGUACCUAAAGGAAAAUCAGCGGCAGAGGCAACUGCUGAUGUAGUGGAGAAUCAACUAAAAGCAGUUCUAUCAGCCAACAAGAGUGGUGAACUAAAUGUUGAGAAUAUUGACGUGUUCUGUGAGAAAGGGGUUUUUGAAAUAGAAGAUUCCAGAACUAUUAUGAUGGCUGGCCAAAGAGAGGGGCUCAGGUUAAACUUUCAUGGUGAUGAGUUGUAUCCCCUGGGUGGAGCCGAACUUGGAGCUAAACUUGGAGCUCAAGCCAUCUCCCAUCUAGAGGAGAUUAGCGAUGAAGGUAUCAAAGCCAUGGCAGAAUCAGGCAGUGUAGCCGUAAUACUGCCUUCAACUGCAUACAUUCUUAGGCUGAAACCACCUCCAGUUAGAAAAAUGAUAGAGGACGGAGUUAUUGUAGCUUUGGGAACAGAUUUCAACCCUAAUGCUCAUUGUCUCUCUAUGCCGGUGAUCAUGCAUCUAGCCUGCGUUAAUCUACGUAUGAGUAUGAAUGAGGCACUAGCUGCUGCUACCAUCAAUGCUGCUCAUAGUAUUGGUCGAGGAGCUACUCAUGGAUCUAUUCAAGUUGGCAAGGUUGGAGAUUUAUUGAUUCUGAAUGAGAAAAAAUGGGAACAUCUUGUUUAUCAACUUGGAGACAAUUCUGCAGUACAGUUUGUUGUUAAGAAGGGGAACAUUGUGUACACUAAGAUCUAAACAAUAUAUUUGUUUAUCUGUGUGAAGUUGAUUUCCACAAAAUAAAAAUAAAAAAUCAAUUUUU